AUGCAUAUGACAGAGUCAGUGCAGGUUUUCCAUGCACUGGGUGACAAGAGUGGGAAGAAAAUGGGGCUGCCUACCUCCAGGGCCUUGGGAAAGGCCAACAAUUCCAAAGAUACCAGAUUUUCAACAGAUACUCAAUCAAGGCUGCAUUCUAGAAGUCCUCAGAAAUUUCUAGUAAACACAACAAAGAGCAGUGCGGAAAACCAGUGUCCCUCCCCAAGCCAGAGUGAGCUGCUGCCUCCACCUGGGAAGGUCAAGUUGGUGCCUUUGCCUUUUCUCUCCCAAGAGAAGCCUCGAGCUCGACCUGUUUCUCACAGGCCACAAUCUCUGGCAUCCCAGAGACCUACUGGAGCUUACUCUGCCCGGCCUCUUCCUAACACAGCGCAGCCUGUUCCAGUAAAUGCAGCCCAACCAGCUACUGACAACUCAUGUCUGAUGGCUCCAAUCAAACCACCUCGGCCUAUUUUCAGCAAUUCCACUCUGGGGGUAAUGAACAACCUUCCCCAGUGUGCUCUUUCUAGGAGGCCUGCACCCUACAAAACUUCAUCCUUCACAUCUUUGUGGUACAAUCCCCUUUCCACUACUGGCACCAAGCUCAGCUCACUACCUAAGCCUCCACACCAAUAUCUCCUGCAAGACUUCAGCUUGCAACCCAUUCCAUGGAGGAAAUCUCAUGUUCCUGGGCCAGUAGAGUCAGAUCCCAUCAGCAAGGAGCAGAGGCCAGAGCGCGAAGCCAUGAAAAGGCGGGCUCAGCAAGAGCGUGACAAGGCUGCCAAAAACACCUUUAUGGGGAAAAUCCCAUCCUUCCACCAGAGACAAACAGACAUGGAGAUUGCCCAGUACUAUGGCUAUGUUGUAUAA